AUGAGCAAACGUGACAUCCCAGCCGAAUACGUGACGGUGGAUGGCCGAUGGUCACAUGUCCGAGAGGGUGAGUGGUGCACAGUGUCGUUCAUGGACAUACCGUCGCGGAAGAUCUUGUACUGUGUAACAACACGUAAAGGGGUGGAUGAUAAAUCGUCGGUGCGAUUGGAGCGGGUGGCAUUCGACAAAGGGGUUGAUGAGUUGAAGCUGUUGGGGUUCGAUGUGAAGGGCAUCAUUUCGGAUCAAGGGACCACGUUUAGAGGCGCUGCGGCAGAGCGAAAGCUGGAUCAUCAGGUGGAUUGGUGGCACGUGAAACGGACGCUGUACAAUCUUUUCUGCAAGGAGCUUCAGGAUCAGGUGCGGAAGCCUGUGGAGGUGGACAAGGCUAGCUGUAUCGAGGAUCUAUGGUUGGCUAAGGUGGAAGACUUAAGGCAGUGGUUGAGGACCAAAGGAUUGGAGAAAGAGGCGAAGGGGACACUCAAAGCAUCACUUGUGGAGGCGGUAUGUGGAGCCAUGGGUACCAUUGCAUAUGUGAAGAUGACCCCUGAUGAAGCGAAGUGGAUGUUUCCUGAGUUGCGAAAAUUCCGGCGGCUGGGAGGAGAACGGGCAGCGGUAGAUGUCCCAGUGGGAUAUGGCGAGGUGCGUCCUGAUACUACUGGAGAGAUGCAGCCCAUCGUGCGAGAUGAUGCGGUUGACGAGGCGGAUGCGGGCACAACCCAAGUUGAUGUGCAGUGGGCGGAUGUGGAGGAGUUAUGGCAAUACGAUAUCCAUCCUGUGCGUGGUGCGAGACCAUCGUCAUUGGCUAGUUCUCUCAUCGUGCACGCAUAUGCGGGUGCAUGCAGUAACUUACGAUUCAUCGGCGGGACGACUCCGUGGGCCAACGUUGAUGAAGCUACUGGUAUGAACGCUUUGUGA